GAAACAGUAUGCGAUUUAAACUCCUUCUGGAUGUAAUAUAGCAAUAUGACAACCGUAAUCUAAGUCAUUAGGCGAAGACACAUCGUCGUUCGUAAGAAGGAUGAAGUUGUGAUCCACAGUUUAUUUAUGAAGACCAUAUUAUAUAGAGACUGAAUAUAGGACAAUAAAUCGGAGUCAAUCACCUUUGGAACGUUGUUUCCGGAAUAGAUUUAAACAUGUGAAAUUGGCGAGGCUGCCUUGGUUGACAUGCACGCCAUUAUAAAAACGUCGUAUUGGCGAUAAAUUCGCGUCUACGACCAAUAUACCGCACCGUAAAUCCCAAGUUCUGACACACGAAAGACGUCAGAAUCGUUUAUAGGAAAAUAUAUUGUCAUUCAAGGGACGUAUCUUUAAUCGGUUGUUUAUGCCAAAACAAUGGAGUCAUCAGCACCGUAUCAGUCAAACUGGAACAACGCAUGUAUCACUUGACGACAUUGGAGCAUCGUCUUCAUAAUGAGAGAAAAUUAUACUUAUCCACCAUCAAGUGACAUGAAAAGCCCAAAGGAAAACUCGACAUUUACUGAUCAAUAGAGAAUUUGAAAAAUGUUUAUGGAUUAAGAGACUACAGGAGCUUAUCAUUAAGACAUUCCAUAAAGUCCCUCGGGCUCCACGAUGCGCGGAGGUUGUUUUUCGCUCUGCUUGACUGAUAACACAUUGUCCGUGUCAUUUCGGUUAAUCUCUGUCUCAUUACUCAUGCUGCUUAUCAACGAAGUCUUUUCUGCCGGAAAACAGGAACAAAGAUGCUUCCUUAAAGACGCAACCAUGAUUUGUCGUCAAGGCGAUAUAAAUGCUACGUCAUUACCGAAUUAUGUGCCUUUAAAUGUAUCGUUCUUAGAAGUCUGCGCUUCGAGAGAUGUGGUUUUCUCUGACGUCCGCGUACUAAAAGUAUCUGCGCUAGGUUUACCUGAGAUACGCUUGGGUGAUUUUCAUAAUUUUCCCGGCCUGUUUGAGCUGGAUUUAUCAGAAAAUAAGAUAAGCAUUAUCAACGACCGUGCCUUUAGAGGAUUAUAUAAUCUUAGGAAAUUGAACCUAAGUGGGAAUAAUAUAGACGUUUUAACGGACAUGACAUUUAGGGGUCUGCACCAAUUAACUUUUCUGGAUAUCAGCAGGAACAAUUUGGAAAGAAUAGAAACGGGCGUCUUUGAUAGCUUGGUAAAUAUGUCAGUCUUAAACGCAAGUAAUAAUAUCAUAAAUCAACUAACGGAUAAGGUAUUUUCCAGAAGUUCCAGUAUUUCCACUCUAGAUUUGUCGUAUAAUGAAUUGCCGCCGAUAAUCUGGAGACAUUUAAGCCUGUUAUUAUCGCUAGAAAGAUUGUAUAUUACCGGGAACUAUAUAAAUUGUAACUGCCUAUCAACAGAAAAGCAAUGGCAGUUUGAUAAUACGAAUUAUCCAAAGGGAAUAAAUCUUAAAAAUAGUUCUGAAGAUAUGAUUCCAAUUGCUCAAAAGACAACUGGCUGUGGCAGUUUCUCAAGUGAAAACAUUGGCUUUGAAGUAAUAUGCAACAGCUGGAAACGUAUGGCUGAAAACAUGUAUAGAACGAUAUCCAAUAAUAAUACACAUAAAAGACGAACGUUAAUUACAAUGCCAAAGAUACAAGGUCGAAAUGACUCGAAUUCAAAUACUAAAGCAGUCAGUUCCUUUUCAAAUACUAAUUUCCACUAUUCUGAUGAAAUCACGAGCCCUGAAUAUAAUCCGAUGAUGGGAAUAGGCACAGCUUGUGUCUUGAGUGGGAUGCUUUUACUAUUUCUAUUGUGCUUAUUGUACGACUCUUUAAAAAGACGUUUUUACAAAUACCGACACAAGAAAAGACUAAAAAAGGAACUCAAGAACAAAGUAAUCAAUUCUACCGGUGUGACAAUAAUUGCUAGUGACUACGAUAACCUUGACUCUGUCAGUGUUUUAGAUUUCUCCAUUCCAGAGAAUACUAUCACUCCGAAAAUUCGUUGUAAUGGAAAAUAUAAGCACCAUUAUUCAGAUCUUGUUCUGUAUGAAAAGUGUCCUUCUAAGCCACCCGAAGAAAUGAAAGUCACGACGCUUUUCUAA